AUGGGUGCAGGCCCGGGCCACCAGGCGCUAGCCUUCGAGCCCCGCCUCCAGGCCAGGCUCCAGCGAGAGAGAGGGGCCCUCCAUGAAGAUGUUGUAGGGGGACACAUAAUCUAUUGCUAUGCCCCUGUUCAGAGCAUUGACACCAUGCUGCUGUUGCCCUCAGUGCACUGGGUUCUGCUCCUGUGGGGGCUGCAGUGUGUUUGGGCACAGGACUAUAGAGGAUAUGAAGAGGUGGUGACUUCCAAAAGGAGGAACAGGCAAUAUACAUCCAAUUAUGUGCCAAAUAAUGGCAAAUCACUUACGGAUGAAGCCUGCAGUCUGGAAUUAGCCUUUUUGAUCGACAGCUCCGAGAGUGCCAAAGACAAUCAUGCCCAGGAGAAACAGUUUGCAUCAGAAGUGACCGAGGGACUGCAGGGCCUCCGCCUGCAGAGCGGCCGCAGCCUCGUCACCCGCUCGGCCCUCCUUCAGUACAGUAGCCACGUCAUCAUAGAGCAGACCUUUAACCAGUGGCAGGGUCCCGACAGCUUCAAGGCCCGCAUUGCUCCCAUGACAUAUAUCGGCCAUGGCACCUACACCACCUACGCCAUCACAAACCUCACACGCAUCUACCUGGAAGAGUCGGCUCCCAGCAGCAUCAAGGUGGCCAUUCUGCUCUAUGACGGUAUCUCGCACCCCAGGAACCCAGACAUAUCUUCAGCCGUGGCUGAUGCCAAGAACCAGGGCGUCCGCUUUUUCACCGUCGGAAUUACUCCUGAAGCCAAGGAGUCUGCCAAUAUUGCCCAGCUGCGGUUAAUUGCAAGCUCGCCAGCCUCCCGCUACCUUCAUAACCUGCAAGACAGAGACAUUGUGGAAAAAGUCAUCAGAGAGAUUACCACACUGGCAGAGGAAGGGUGUCCACUUGUGCAGAGCCUGUGUGCGUGUGAGAAGGGCGAGCGGGGGCCCAGCGGCCCAGCUGGCAAGAAGGGCCGUCCUGGAGAGGAUGGCAUCCUAGGACUAAAGGGACACAAGGGUGAGGCUGGGCUCAGCGGACUUCCAGGUCGAGAAGGUGCUGAGGGCAGACCAGGAUCCAAAGGGGAGCAGGGGGAGAGAGGAGAGUGUGGCUCACCUGGAAUUAAGGGAGACAGAGGUCCUGAAGGGUCCAUUGGUCCCAGGGGGAAUCGUGGACUUCAGGGUUUGCCUGGUCCUCCUGGUGAUGUUGGACCGGAAGGUGUGAUUGGUAAAAAAGGGGAACGAGGACUUCGUGGCCCACCUGGAAUCCAAGGGGAAACAGGAAUCGGGCUCCCAGGACAAAAGGGUAAUGUCGGUCUCCAGGGGCAACCAGGGCCAAUAGGUCCAGUGGGCCUUGGUGAGCCUGGACCACCGGGGCCUCAAGGGCCACAGGGAAUCCAAGGAGAAAGGGGGCCUUUGGGAGAAGGUCUCCCUGGCCCAAAGGGGGAGCGAGGCUUGGAGGGGCCCCGGGGGCCCAGAGGACUAUCGGGUAUUGGAAUUAAAGGAGGCAAGGGGGAGUUUGGUCCUCCGGGUCCUGCAGGCCUCAUCGGCCUACCAGGUCUCGGCAUCCAGGGUGAGAAGGGCAUUGAAGGUCCGAGAGGGCCACGAGGGCUACGUGGGCCACCGGGAGAAGGCCUACCUGGACCCAAGGGAGAACAGGGGUUCCCGGGUGAUGUUGGCUCUCCAGGAGAGAGAGGACUGGGAGAACAUGGAGAUAAGGGUGAGCAAGGAUCACCAGGAAUAUCGGGGUUACCUGGUUUGCCAGGGGAGGAUGGAGCGCCUGGACAGAAAGGUGAGCCAGGAGCUCCAGGCCUGAGGGGGCCAGAGGGGUCACCUGGGACUGGAACACAGGGUGAAAAGGGUGACCAAGGUCAAAGGGGAAUAAGAGGCCUGACUGGGCCACCUGGCAUUAGUGGCCCAUUAGGACCCAAGGGUGAACCAGGGUCACAAGGCAGGGUGGGUUUACCUGGUCUACCAGGACGCUUUGUAAUGGGACCCAAGGGUGAUGUUGGUCCAAAUGGCCCUCCUGGUCCGGUUGGGGAGACCGGCUAUGGGCUUCCCGGUCCAAAGGGUGACCAUGGAGAUCUCGGCCCUGCCGGUCCAUUUGGCCAAAAAGGAGAAGGCUAUCCCGGCCCGAUGGGCCCCCCUGGUCUACCUGGGCUUCCAGGAGAACCCGGCCCUGAAGGGAUAGGUUUACCUGGUCCAAAGGGGGAUAUUGGUUUCAGAGGGCUGCCUGGUUUACCGGGAUCUCCAGGUGAAGGACUCCCGGGACCUCAGGGUCAUCCUGGGCGACCGGGCCCCCUGGGGAUAGUGGGGCCACCAGGAGUAGGAGUCCAGGGACCAAAGGGUGAACAGGGGAUCCAGGGUGUGACAGGACCAAGGGGGCCUGCUGGAGAAGGCUUUCCUGGAGCUAAAGGUGACCGUGGUUCGGCAGGGGAGAGGGGCCUGAAGGGCUUCACGGGAGAUAUGGGUGACCCAGGGAACCCAGGGCAACCCGGUCAAUCUGGUGUCAAAGGAGAAGCAGGUCUCACAAGGGAGGACGUCAUUAGAUUGAUCAGAGAAAUUUGUGGAUGUGGGAUCAAGUGUAAGGAGAGGCCUAUGGAGCUGGUGUUUGUCAUUGACAGCUCAGAGAGCGUGGGUCCCGACAACUUUGGUAUCAUUAAGGACUUUGUCAACGCACUGGUUGACCGAGUCACGGUGGGCCGCAACUCCACCAGGAUUGGCCUGGUACUGUACAGCCUGGAGGUGAGGCUGGUGUUCAACCUGGCCCGCUAUGUAACCAAACAGGACAUCAAACAGGCCAUUAGGAACAUACAAUACAUGGGAGAGGGCACCUACACUGGUACGGCCAUCCGCAAAGCGACCCAGGAAGCCUUUUACAGUUCACGCCUGGGAGUCAGUAAAGUUGCUAUUGUUAUUACGGAUGGACAGGCAGACAAACGGGAGCCAGUGAAGCUCGGUAUUGCCGUACGUGAAGCUCACGCGGCCAAUAUCGAAAUGUUUGCCCUCGGUAUUGUCAACACUUCGGAUCCAACACAGGCAGAGUUUCUUCGGGAGCUCAACCUGAUUGCAUCUGAUCCAGACUCCGAUCACAUGUUUCUUAUUGAUGACUUCAACACCUUACCAGCUUUGGAAUCCAAGUUGGUCAGCCAGUUCUGUGAGGACGAGAAUGGAGACCUUAUAUAUAACAGACUGACUAAUGUAAACAAUGGCCAUAGCAACAGCAGGAAUGGUAACAAUGGGAAGUAUGCCAAAGGCGGCAGUGGGUACCAGCCUGCCACUGACUGGGACCUCCUGAACACCCGUCAGUUCAACAACCAGAACCAUGGGGACAAGGUGGAGAGCAUCCAGUAUGACCAUAAAGGAUCCAGUACAGGACAACAAGUGCUUGCAGGGACAACAAACUGGGGUAGAGAGCGUGGGGACACUUUUAACGAUGGGAGCACAGCAUUCAAACCUAUUCCUUCUUCCAGAGAAGACUCUUCCUCAGUGAAUGUAACAUCAUCAUCAUCAGGCGUAUCUGUGAAGUAUGUUCCUGCACCAAGACCAACUCUUCCCAAAGAGACCGCAACCUUGGACCCUCGCUGUGCCUUGGCUCUAGAUCAGGGCUUGUGCCGCGAAUACGUCAUCCGCUGGUACUAUGACAAGCAGGCCAAUGCAUGUGCUCAGUUUUGGUUCGGAGGAUGCAGCGGUAACAAGAACCGCUUUGACACAGAGGAGGAAUGCAAGAAGACUUGUGUGGAAACCACAUCUACUGGAAGCUGAGUGAAGGCACACUGUAUAGAUUCUGAAUUUGCUUCAGAGUCCAACAUUUUUCAUCACUCCUACUCAGGAACAGAGGCC